AUGUUUAUGUCAAGAUCCGAAUAUGGUAAAUCCCCCCUCCACCCCUCUUCAAAGCUUCCAAAGCUGGGUGUUAUCUGCGACCUCACCUUCUCCCCCGAAGGCCGGCUCUUCCAAGUCGAAUACUCGCUCGAAGCCAUCAAGCUAGGCUCGACGGCCAUCGGUGUCGCCACAUCAGAAGGCGUGGUCCUCGGCGUCGAGAAGCGCGUGACGUCGACCCUCCUCGAGACCUCGUCCGUCGAGAAGAUCGUCGAGAUCGACCGGCACAUCGGGUGCGCGAUGUCCGGGCUGCAGGCGGACGCGCGCAGCAUGGUCGAGCACGCGCGCGUCGAGUGCCAGAGCCACGCCUUCAACUUCAACGAGGACCUGCGCGUCGAGUCCUGCACCCAGGCCAUCUGCGACCUCGCCCUCCGCUUCGGCGAGAGCGCCAACGGCGAGGAGAGCAUCAUGAGCCGCCCCUUCGGCGUCGCCCUCCUCAUCGCCGGCUACGACGAGGACGGCCCCCAGCUCUACCACGCCGAGCCCAGCGGCACCUUCUACCGCUACGACGCCAAGGCCAUCGGCUCCGGGAGCGAGGGCGCCCAGGCCGAGCUGCAGAACGAGUAUCACAAGUCCCUCACGAUCGCGGAUGCGGAAACGCUGGUCCUUAAGACCCUGAAGCAAGUGAUGGAGGAGAAGCUGGACUCCAAGAACGUGCAGCUGGCGAGCGUGACGAAGGAGCGGGGCUUCAGGAUAUACACGGACGAAGAGAUGGCCCAGGUCGUGGAGAGACUACCCGCAAAUUAGGCGAACCAACCAACCUUAGGGGAAUAAAUAACACCUUGCUUCACUACGAGGAGUUUUUUUUUUUGGCAUCCCGGGUACGGUAGGCCGAAAAUAUAAAAGCAUGGAUCGCAAUUAGACGUGUCUAUGGGGGGCAGAACAAGAGAUUUCGCCCCCCCCCUGCUACUGUUACUGAACUAAUCCCGAUAUCAAGACCUCUGAACUUUUGACUCUGACUCUUUGAAGUUUGAAAAAGCUGCGCGGGUGGGUUUUUUUAUAUAAAAGUGCCAACCGGAUCCGACGGUACUAUUUUUGUACUGAACAGGUAUCCCCUUUUUUUCCGACGCGAGGUAUCCAACGCACCUGUGUUUUUAUUUCAACUCAAACGCCUGCAACGUAGUCUUCAUUUCCAUUUCCAUUUCCAUAUCCAUUUCCGCAUCCGUAUCUAAUCCGUGCAAUCAUGAAACGUAGUGUCCUAUUCCUAGAUCUCCACGCCCUCU